AUGUCGUCUAACAAAACCUCAAGAAUAGGCGAAGAAAUAUGGAAAACACGAGUCGAUAAAGUCAACGCAGAAUUGGUUACGUUAACCUAUGGAACGAUUGUCGCACAAUUGUGCCAGGACUACGAUAGCAACUAUCAGGAUGUCAACAAACAGUUGGAAAAGAUGGGAUACAAUAUUGGAAUGCGUUUGAUUGAAGACUUCCUAGCAAAGUCAGGCGUCGGCCGAUGCGCCAACUUCAGAGAUACAGCCGACAUGAUUGCUAAGGUAGGCUUGAAUUCUGAUACGCUGAAGGGGGCUCGGAUAGUUGACAUCUCGCAGGUUGGCUUUAAGAUUUUCCUGAACGUUACCCCAACAGUCACGAAUUGGACGAGCGACAACACGCAAUUCUCUCUGAUCUUCGAAGAAAACCCCCUCGCCGACUUUGUGGAGCUUCCAGACGAUGGACGGGCCCAAGACGAGCUCUGGUUCUCUAAUAUCUUAUGUGGUGUGCUUCGCGGGGCCCUGGAGAUGGUUCAAAUGCAGAUCGAGGCGCAUUUCGUCAGUGACGUACUGCGCGGAGACGAUACUACCGAGAUGCGGGUCUCGCUUGUACGAUACAUCGAAGAUGAAAUGCCACCCGAAGAAGAGUGA